AUGAGCAUUGGCUUCCAGAUCUUGCGUUCCAAGUUCUUUUCUGCGGUUUCCUCUAUUCGGAACCCUGGAGGGGCAAUUCGGUCAUAUGGGUUACCAGCGGCCAUGGUGGUUAUCAUAGUCCUGAUGUUGAUGAAGAGGAAGGAGAGUAGGAGGAACCUCACACCCAAUCAGUCCCGUCUUCUGCAAAUCAUUCUGGAGAAAGAUGGGAAAAUUGCCCAACUUUUGCACCAGAUUACACAAAUGAAUGAAAUACUGAUAGAUAGUCACAAAGCUUUGGCUGGAAAAGUGAUGGAGAAAAGUGCUGCACUUUUUAGGCCAAAAUUAAUAGUUGCCGGUGCUAGUGCUUAUGCCCGCCUUUAUGAUUAUGCACGUAUUCGCAAGGCUUGUGAUCACCCACUUCUUGUUAAAGAAUACAAUUCUGAUCCUGUUGGAAAAGAUUCUGUUGAAAUGGCAAAAAGGCUUCCAAAAGAGAUGCUGAUAAAUCUGUUUAAUAGUUUGGAAACAACUGCCGCUAUAUGUUUUGUCUGCAAUAGGCCAGAGAAUAAGCUUGGAGAUGAUGAAACGUGGGAUAGGGCUGAAAGUGCUCUCAAGGAGGCUUUGGAUGAGUUUGGCAAGCCAUGGCAGUUGAAUGAAGGGGAUGGUGCAUUCUAUGGACCAAAGAUAGAUAUCAGUGUAUCUGAUGCAUUGAGUAGGAAAUUCCAGUGUGCAACUCUACAGCUUGACUUCCAGCUUCCUGAUCGUUUUAAGUUGGAAUUCUCAGCUGAGGAUGAAGCCAAAAUUGAGAGGCCUGUUAUGAUACACAGAGCCAUUCUAGGAUCAGUUGAACGCAUGUUUGCCAUACUUUUAGAGCACUACAAGGCUUAUGCUCUGAAGGUUCGAGAUCAGAUUCACCAAGCAGGAUAUCAUGUAGAUGCUGAUACAACUGAUAGGAAGAUUCAGAAGAAGAAAAAAUUACAAGCUGCAAUUAAGGAUUCUGUGUCUGAAAAUGAGGCAUUUCAGAAAGUAUUUGGAAAAGAAAAGCAUGGAUAUGUUCGUAGUAUGGGACUUGGAGUUACACCAUCUCAAAUUAAUAGAUCUACGAGAUCGACAUCUUCUUCUGCAGAAAGUGAACAAAUAAAGGAAAUGCAAGAAGAAAUUAAUGCACUUAAAGAAAAGAAUUCAAAAAUUGAUGAAUUAACACAGGCAAUCAUAUUCUUAACGCAAAGGGACAAGGCGAGGACAAAGGAAAUUGAACUCUUAAUGCAAAUGCAGAAUUUUAGUGGAAGACAGGGAUUGGAAUCACCCGCUGAUGGUAGACGUUCAUCUGAGUCUAGCUACCGUAUUGGAGAUAAUGGAACUUCAGGGGGGACAAAUUAG